AUAGGUUAUGAAUCGAUAUCGCAUGCACUGAUAUUUCAUUCCGUUUUGAACUGGUGUGUUAAGACAUUGUAUAAAAAGAAAUAUGUAAAAGGAAGAUUGUUAUAAUGGCUGUUAACAGAAUAUGCACAAUAUUUCGACAAAUAAUUGUAAAUACACAAAGUAAUAUCAUUGCAAGAUGUCAUUCUUCCCAGGCAUCAAAAAUACAAAAUAAUAUUUUAUCUUCUACGUCUUUCGGUAAAAACAAAACGUGUAUAGCGUAUCCUGAAGUACAUGUUAAAUUUAUACCAAGAACACUUAAUAUAGAUUUCGGAAAUCCGAAUAAUGCUGUCAACAAAAAUAUAAAUGAAAUACCUCUAUCUAAAAUUAUUCCAUCAAUAGAAGAACCUACAGUAAAGAAACCUAUAUUACAUGAUCUACCGUUUGUGGAUAAAUCUUUUGAGCUUCCUUCGAUGGAAAAUGUUACAGAAAAAUUAGCAGUACGUCUGAUAGUAAUCAGAAGGAAAAAAAUGAAGAAACACAAGAGAAAGAAAUUGCGUAGAAAAAUGAAAUUUAUAUGGCAAAAGAUAAGAACUAGGCGAAAUGUGGAAAAAGAGAAGGUUUUUCAAGCUGAAUUAAUCGCAAAAAUUAAAGAAGCAGAAGCAUUUAAUGUCCAGAAAUAUAUUGACGACAAAUUCGCAUUUAUAAACAGAGAAAGAAUACCAAAAAUGUAUAGGGGUGAAAUAUUACCAGAAGCUAUAAUAAAGGAAUUUUUAGAAAAAGACAAAGAAAAGAAGGAAAGGAGACGAAAUAAACCUCGCUUAACGCUCGAUUGAAAAUAUGUAGUAGAUAAAAUAUAAAAAUUGUAUAAACUUGUGCAGCAAUAAAAUAAUUUGAAAUUUAACUGACUACUCCUUUUUGACGAGAAUUAUAAUGAUCAUGGGAAGAAUGCUACAAUAUUAAACUGUAGAGAACAAAUAUAUUAAAAAUGUUUAAUUUAAAUUUAUAAAAUAUAGUUUGCAUUGUUGAAAUUCAUAUAAAUUGUCAGGCCAUGUUUUUACAAACGUUACUUAUAUAGUUCUUAAUUACAUUAUAUUUAUAAUUACAUACAUACAAGUAUUAUAAUACUAUGGUAACAAUAAAUAGCACCUUUGGUUGCUUGUACGUGAAUUGUAAAAUUUCCAAGGCACAUUAUUUCGUGGGUAUUUGUAAAAAUAUUUAACAUUUUCAUGAGUAUAUUUGAUGCUUCUCAAUAGCUUGUACUUUCAUAAAAAAAAAAAAAAAGCGUUACCACCUUGUUCGGGA